GCCUUAUGACUUUCUUAUAAUGCAACCUUUUCCUAGAUUGACACCUGGAAAAACGGACUCUGGAGAACUUGGAUUUGUAUUGUAACACGCACCUGAAAUAAUCAGUGUAACCCUAAAAAUAUGAGGAAUUCUAUUCUCUGCUAGCAAUCAUUCAUAUACAAAUUGUGUAAAAUGGCGUUUAUAAUGUCUCACUGGAGCUUGGAUGGCAUGAUAGUUCUAAUGGUUCUCGUCAUAAUCGCUUAUCUUUACAUGACGCGCAAGUUCAAAUAUUGGAGAAAGCGCGGCGUUUCGGAAAUAUCACCAAUACCUUUCUUAGGCAAUUUUAAGGAAUGUAUACUUAAGAAAAAAUCACAGGGAUGUCUAUUACAAGAGUUCUACAAUCAAGCAAAGGGGCAACCUUACGUAGGCUUAUUUGCUCUUGAUAAGCCCUUCUUAUUGGUUCGCGAUCAAGAACUUAUCAAGAACAUCUUUGUGAAGGACUUUAAUCAUUUCUCAGACCGAUAUUUAACGCCGAGUAAGAAUGAUCGUCUAAGUUACACAAAUCUCUUCUUUAUAAAAAAUCCAAUGUGGAAGAUGCUGAGAUUAAAAAUGACACCGUUUUUUACGCCCGAUAAAUUGAAGAAGAUGAUGUAUUUAAUAGAGGAAUGUGCCAAUAAUGUAACUGAGUAUCUGGAUUUGCUGAAUUUGGAAAACAAGGGAAAAAUAGUGGAGGUGAGAGAAUUAUCCUCCAAAUUUACUACGGAUGUGAUUGGCAGCACCGCUUUUGGACUCAACACGAAUUCUUUCAAGAAUCCGGACGCCGAGUUUCGUAAAUACGGCAAAAUGAUCUUCGGAUCUGACCGCAAUUUAGAGUUCUUUACAAUAUUUUACAUUCCAACUCUAGCUAGCUUGGCUGGCUUAACAAUUUUCGGCAAACAGACUGACGAAUUCCUGCGUAAGGUUUUCUGGGAGGCAAUUGUUCAACGCGAAAAAUCCGGUGAGAAGAGAAACGAUCUGAUCGAUAUCCUUAUCGAAUUAAAGAGAAAUCACGGUGAAGAUGAUGAUGAUGACAUCAAAGGAUUUAAAUUUAAUGGGGACCAUCUAUUAGCGCAAGCAGCAAUCUUUUUUGCAGCCGGUUUUGAAACCUCCGCAACAACAAUGGCUUUCGCUUUUUACCACCUUGUAUUACAUCCUGAAAUACAGAACAAGUUGCGAAAAGAAAUUCUUCAGGCACUCGUUAAAUUUGAUGGAAAAAUUACAUACGAAAUGAUCAUGUCGCUACCGUAUCUCGAUAUGGUGUUCUUUGAAACUUUAAGAAUGUAUCCGCCAGCAGAAUACUUACAACGUAUCACAACCAAAACUUAUAACGUACCAAAUUCUAAGCUCGUAAUUGAAAAAGGUACACCGAUUUUUAUUUCGGUACGCGGUCUGCAUUACGAACCGAAAUACUUUCCUGAUCCGGAUAAAUUCGAUCCGGAGCGAUUCAGUGAGGAAAAUAAACGUGACAGAUCGCAAUACGUUUAUCUUCCAUUUGGACUAGGUCCACGUGCGUGUGUAGCUAGUCGUUUGGGGCUUCUAGAGAUGAAACUAGCAUUUGUAAAAAUUUUGAGCAAAUUUGAAGUGGCAACAUGCGAAAAAACUUUGAUACCAAUGAAACUUGAUCCUAAUGGAGCUUUGAUAAUGCCUUUAGGAGGCGUAAUAUAUCUCAAUAUACAAAAAAUUAAUGGCAAGAAUGACUGAAGAGUGGCAAAUAGCAUAACCUAAAUAUAACUAUAAUAAUAAUUUAUAAUAAUAAUUAUAAGAUAAUAAUUUAAUAAAUAUGAUAAAUAUAUGCAUUUACAUUUAUAUACAGGGUUUCCUAAUAAAUGAGAA